AUGACAUCAAGAGUUCAAAUAAAAAGGUCAGGAACAUCAGUUGUAGAUAUGAUCCGUUCGUGUCAACCAGCUAAUAAGUGUAAUAUAAUGGGAAUUGUUGCUAAUACUGCUUUGAACAUUGGUUUCCUUGUGACUUGCUGUUCUACCGAUGACUGUACUCCAACUAUACCCACCAUUCCAUCUAUUAGUAAUGCGUUCAAUGGACUGACGUGUCCGAGUUGUAUAUCAGCAAGUUCUGAUUGUACAUCUUCAGAAACCAUGCUAUGCCAAGGAGAGGAGAAUAAGUGUGUUCUUUACACCACAAAUUCAAUUAAUGGAAUGAGUGCUAUUCGUGGUUGCUCUACUCAGGCUCCCUGUGACAUUGGUAGUUUUUCUGCUACUGCCAGUGGUGCCUUUCUUUCUAUGUCAUUUAUGUGCAACAGUGCGACUCCAGAAACAUUUCCUCCAAUUGGUUAA